AUGGGUUGGGAAGUGCUGUUUUGGCAUUGCAGCAUCGUCAUCCUUGAACCAUACGGUUUAAAAAAAAAAUCAUAUUUCUGAGUUCUCCUCGAUAUUCUCUGUACACAGGGAAGGUCCUGGAGUUUCUUAUGGCCUUAACUGGUCUCUUGCUGGGAGAGGUGUAAUUGUGAAGGAUAAAGCAUUCUACAACCUGAAGUCAUCUGAUCUGCAAAAGCAUGGUGCAAAAACAGUAGGUAAGACUAUGGCUAUGCCAGUUAAUUCCCUCUUUUUCCUUUAAACAGAAUAUACUCGUGAUGGCUCAAACGCUUUGGGUUUUUUAUAGAUCGUUUGUCUGGCUUGCCAAUUCAUGUCAGAGGAGAUGCUGUUAGUGGGCCUUCCGAAAUUUCAAAAGCUCAGUUCGGUAAACUUUUGAAACAGGUAUCCCAUAGUUUAGAUGCCCCUUGAGCUCUUUCUGCUUAUGAAAUUAGUGUGCCUAAUGUGGUGAUUUUUUUUAUGUUUAUUUUCGAUUCAAGUUGGAAUACAUCUACCACAUUUACUUAUUGCCAUUCUGUUAUCAUUGUAAUAUCCUGCUCCGACAUAAUGUUGUAUCACUCUGGUGUUUGUUUCAUCAACCAACCUCCUAUUCCCCCAUGGCUCUCUUUUAUCUCCACUCAGUGGUCUCAUUGAUUGUUAGCUUCUAGUGGCAGUUGUGCCUUAUUGGAGUGUUUCGUUAUGAUUUCUGGUCGUCUUGAGCGUAAUGAGAAUUAUUCCUGGAUAGGGGGUGCUUGUUUUGCUAUUUGACAGAAAUCGCCAUAGCUAUUUCGUUUCUUUGUUAUAAAACCGCUAGUACCCAAUCUCCUUAUCUGUUGUUUGUAAAUUAAGUAUUCUCUCUGACACGGGUUCAACUUGGAUCAGAGCCGCUGUAAGUCCAACUAAUUCUUACAAUGUUAGAUGCUUUGGGCAACUCUUAUUCAAGCUGGUUUGGACAGGGAGACCCCGAAGUCUGUACAAUCUAGGGUAGUAUUUAGAUGAUAUGAUGUGCAGUGGUUAUUGUGAUACACAGGUAAAUUUUUCCUGAGUCGUGUACUAUAAUUUACCUAAAUAUUAUACGCAAGUUUCACUAUCAUGGCCUUUUGCCAAACUUAGCUUAUGAUUUUUUUCUGAGCCUGGCCAAGUUCCCCACGUAUCUGAUUCCCAACGAUUUACUAUAUUCUGUGUAGCAGUUUACUUUGGACUUGAGCCGAGGAAUUAUUGCUUUUAUUUUUCAGUCGUAAAAGAUGAUGGUUGGUAGCAAGCCAAGAUUCCUUCAUUGGAAGGUGCAACAGACAUUGUUCCAAUUACACAUUUAUCUUUGGUUUCAGGUGACUACUCACAUUUCCUCUGUUUCAAAUAUCUUUGUUCAAGAUGGGGCUAUUGGUUCAUCGUCAAAAUGUGAUGCAAAAGUUCGUAUGAUAAGUGAUUGUCCAUCUGCUGCGUUGUCACUCGCUAAUGUUGUCUGGAACACUCCUGCUCGGGCUGUUUCCCACGAUUCCUCUCCUUUGACUGUUUAUAUUGCUACCUCAAUAAGGUAAUCAACUUGGUGCAUGGCAACAAUUCAUCAUUGAUGCCAAGAUGUUUCUAUGGUCUUAUUAGUGUAGCAGGAACUUUCUAGAGAAAAGUGGCAGAAACAUGGUAGAGGAAAUUAAAUACAGUGUAGAAAAGGAGUCUUCAAUUUUUCUAUUGGCCUUGCUUCAGAUUUUAUACUGAAGGAAUCUUAGUAUAUUGUUCUUUGCAUUUCAUUUUUUCUUAUAUGAUAUUGUUUGUUUAGUACUUAUUGACCAAGUAAUUUCAAAAUACUCCGACAUUAUUGCAUUUACAUCCUUCCAAUGAGGGAUGAUGAAAUAUCACCUUCUUCAGUUGAUUGUUUCGGCUAAUUGCAGAAAGUUACUGGGUUGAUAAUCCAUUAAAAAACUUACUCUCCUUACAUACGAGAAGUCUCUGCACUCUAGAGAAUGUUGCUCUAUUAUGGUAAACUUUUGCUUUAGCGAGACUUGAGCACCGGCCCAUAUUUUUUGAAGCCAUUUGUCUUGCUAUUUGGGUUGGAAGAAGAAGAAGAAGAAGAAAUGUUGGAAAGCAAGAGAAGAGGAAGAUAAGGUUUCAUCCCCAUUCUGACACCAGCUCCAAUUUUAUUAUCUUUUCCCACAAUCCCGCUUUCACCGGCCAUCGUUUCUGUCCACUCGCUGUUGCCGGGUCUACCUUACCAAACCAGGGGAUGAAAUGGGUGAAGAAGCUUAUAUAAAGGCGGCCCUUUUAAAGAUUUCCUCGCUUACCCAGAUUUAAGCUCACCUAUGCUCUUACCUAUGAUAGCACCCUGACGCGUGUGUAUUGGCGGAAUCAGUUCAAGGCAGGCAAAUAUGAGACCGUCUGCCUACUUUUCAUACGUCCUGAUUCAUAUAACUCCAUUUAAUAUGUUACUGUUGAUCUUGAUGAUGUGUGUGCCCAGUUACGACCCAAUGAAAUAACUGGGUUCAUGUUCAAUGUAGGCCUAAGAAUUGAUCCAAAUCUGCCCAAAGAUUUUAGCUUUCCUGUUCAAUUAUAUGCCAACAUGUUAAGGGCUUAAACUCUCGAUUUGGAUGCUUAUAAAUUGAAUGAUCUGACGAACAUUUCUGUACAAUCGUAUUUGUUGGUUCUUGGGUAAAAAAACCCCCUACCAAAAAUCGUGUGCCGGACCUGCUCGGACUGGCUGUGCCCCAGAAGAAUAGCUAUCUUCUUAUGCAUUCCUCUGUCACGCAGUCCGAAAACUGGAGAGAUUCUUGGGCUUGGAUCACAGUCAAGCAAUGGAUUCGUAGCAGCUGACAUUGAGAGAUCGUCGCUUAUUUUAUGUGGUAAGGCCUUUGCUGAUGCUGAUGGCGUAAAAGACGCGCUGGCCGCUUUAUCUGCACCGGUGAUAUUGGCAAGAGGAGGGCUUCCUCUCUCCGCAAGGUAUGGAUUGCCUCCUGCUCGCUCCCCUCUUCAUCCUUUUUUUUUGAUGUAUGGUUAAGCAUGAAAUUGGUAACUAUGCUUCAAAACCCUACUCCAGGUCCCUGGCUUUUGGUGAUUCCCUUGUUCUUUUGUUCGCCUCCAAGGAAACCGUGAAGGCAUCAUCUGCCGAUCUCCGUAAGCAUCUCAUAUCACCAGAUGCAGGGGUUGUCCUGUCGUCCGAGGGGGUCGCUCCUCUCUUUCAGACUGGACUCAGCGAUGGUGCAAGCUUGUUAAAGAAUCCUUCUUCCCUGGUCUUUGCAUCCGCUGACAGGUGAGGAACGCGGUAGAUCACAGGAUAUGGACUCUGCCCAUAACCAUCAUUUUAUGUAUUUAUUUAUUUAUUUAUUUCUACGCGAUAUUUUUUGUAAACAGUACGGAUACAGACUGAGAACAGCCAUUGACUUUAAGGUAUUGGGAGUUAUCGCCCAGAAGUCAACAUUCAGUCAAUGAAAUCCGGCCCCCAUCUACCCGCAUGAAUCAUUUGCUCGCAUAUUAUUUGGUAUCAGUUCUCAGAUGUUUUAAUCCUACCCGACUGCAGUUCUGGCGUGCUUCCUUCUGCUGCGAAGCUUUCUCCUGGCCAGGCGGCGUACCAUUUCCUGGCAGGCUACCAGGACGGGAAGUUCGCGCCCGCUUACUCCCCCGGCCCUUCCCCGAUCUCGCCACUUGACCUCGCAAAGGCUCUACUUUCACAUGUCAGCAAUCAAUACAACUAUAUGCAUGCGUUGACUUUUUCUUUUUAUUUUUCGCUACCGUCAACCUGCAGAUACCCAUAUGAUUUUGCGCAAUCUCUUCCCUUAUCGCUGCAGGUGAAGGACGGUGAGGUCCCAUCAUUUCUCAUCAAUGUUUACGAAGGGGGGAAGCACAUAGCUGGUAUGUUGUUCGAAUCCUUUGACUUAUUUCGAUUUCGGGUAAACUUUUUAAGAUGAAAAAUUCAGACCCACCUGGUCGUAAAUUCGUGAUAUGAAUCCGAUUCCUCGAUAUUCUUCAGAAGAAAAUCUUUAAAUAGUCUAAUUUUUAUUAUUAUUAUUAUUAUAAAUAGCGAAUCCACCUAUGAUUUCCUCUCGAUGCCCUUCAAAUAUUUUUAAUUUAUUAGAUAACAACACCAAACGAAGACUCCUUUUCUCGGUAGAAAGUUGUGAUUUCGCUUCGAUUGCUCCUUUUUUUUUCAAAAAAAAAGAAAAAGAAAAAGAAAAUUUGUCCUGGCCACAGGAAAAGAUCUUGUGAAGGCGGUCGAGUCGACGCUGUCCGGGAGCACGCCGGAGAGCUUGCUGGGCUCUUCAUCGGAUCCCAAGGGUGAGAAACGUCGACCACUUUCUAUAAUUAUCCUCCCCUCCCCUCCGCAAGAAACCGGCGUCUUCUCCAUCUCAUUGCUCUCGGCGUCUUCCUCUCUUCAGUUGGAGACCUGAAGGGCAAGUACUCGGGCUUCCUUUCUGGGAAAUUCCCGGAGAUUCCGGAGGAAUUCACCUUCUGA